UUAACCUCAACCACAUAAGCCUCUACUUUCCUUCAACCGAAAACGUGUUCAUUUUGAUAUUCCGUUCAAGGAAUUUUGCGCGAAGUUUGGCUAAAACCGAUUGGUUUUUCGUAAUUCUUGUUAUCGGUACAACAUCUGAACACACAGUUUCAAAAUGUCCGACGUCGAAGAUACUGUGGAAGCCGGUGAGAACGGAGAUAUGUUCAACCUUUUGAAAGAAGUAUUGAAAAACGCUCAAGUGAACGGCAGCCUUUUACACGGAAUUCACGAGGGUGCUAAAGCUCUGGAAAAGAAAUUGGGUGUGUUGUGUGUGUUGGCCAACAACUGUGAAGAAGCUAUGUACAAAAAGUUGGUAACUGGAUUAUGCGCAGAAAGCAGUAUUCCCCUGAUUGAAGUUGACAGUAACAAAACUCUCGGUGAAUGGAGCGGCUUGUGUAAGUACGACAAUAACGGCCAAGCAAGGAAAGUCGUAGGCUGUUCUUGUGUCGUUGUCAAACACUUUGGUGAUGACACACAAGAAUUGGAUACUUUGUUAGAGAUUUUGAAAAAGAAAAAUUUUGCGUAGACCUUAAUAAACACCAAAUCUUUUUGAUUUAAA